AUGAAAAAGCGAAAAGAGACAGCAGAACAGCGAGCUGCGCGGUUGGAAGCGAACAGAAUUCGGAACAAACUCAACCGCCAGUGUGGCAGAUACAAAACCGGCAAAGCGGCAAAAGUCCGGCCACGCAUCGACGGCAACUCCGAUGCUGUCCUGUCUUGCCCAGGAUGUAUGGUGCUGCUAACGAGAGAUUGUCAGAGGCACGAGAUUUACAAUGAUCAGUACAGAGCAAUGUUCGUUGAGAAUUGUCGGGUCGAUCAGGCGAGUCUAAAAAUCGAGAAAACUGGUAAAGAGAAACGUCGAGAACGUCAGAGAUUGCGAAAGAUGGGACUGGAUCCCACCGAACAGUCGGACUCCUCUGAGGACAUUUUUCUGCCAGUACAUUGUGCUGUAUGUUCGACGAACGUCGCUGUGAUGGAUCAUGAUGAAGUUUAUCACUUUUUCAAUGUGCUGGAAGAUUUGGACAUUCCAGCACAUCAACAUUCGAAGCAAAGAAUUCAACAGAUGUCGCAAGGAAAGGAGAUUACUUUGUGCUUCUAUCAAAUGAACCCAGAUUAG